AGCACACUCUCUAUGUGCAGUAUUCAAUGUGAGAAACAAUGGGAGUCUGGACUGUCUGCAUGUCUCUCUGUUUGCUCUUUGCUCUGAAUGCUUCAGCUUGUGAGAGUGGGUGGAUUCGAUAUGGACGUAGAUGCUUCAGGGUUUUUAACCAUCCAGUGACCUGGAGGGAUGCAGAGGUGAGUUGCUUGAACCAUGGUGGGAACCUUGCCUCUGUACACAAUCUCAAGGAGUACACCUUCUUAAAGCUCAUGAUCUCAAGUUCAAGAUCAUACUGGAUAGGAGGCUAUGAUGCUGUUUCGGAGGGAACGUGGUUCUGGAGUGAUGGGUCCAAAAUGAAUUUCAAACUUUGGAACCCUGGAGAGCCCAACAACCAAAAGCAUGUUGAGCACUGCAUUGAGAUGAACUAUGGAGCUACAGGAUUUUGGAAUGACCAAGAAUGCACAGACAAAGUACCAUUUGUGUGUGCCAUUUCUGGCUGAUCUCUUCCCCUACAUGCCAUGUUAAAUCAGAAGUGUCAUGCCCAUUUAAUCUUAUUUUUGAAUGUUUCGAACAUUUUUAAUACAGUGCAAAUUUAUUAAAAUCACUGAUUCUAAGUUCAGUUGCAAUUUUGCUUUGUUGCAUGAUACCUCUGUGUUAAACAUCUUUCUUUCUGUAACUCAAUAAAUCAA